AUGAACACCAGUGACAAUAAUGUUAGGAGUUGUAACAAUACGGUGAACGCAAACUAUUCACGUCUAAAGAAAUCGCAAAUGUCAACUGUUAAAUCAAUAAUUAACUAUUCCUCGUAUAGAGAUAGCUAUUUCUGGCGCGAAGAGCAUGGGAAACCAUUAAAAAUUCGAAUGCAAGCGCGAUGUGGUAACUCAUCAUCUCUAACAUCUACCACCUCCAGCAACACUGUGAUGUAUAAAGUACCAGUUGAUCGCGUUAAACAAUCGAUUAGAAGACAUGAGAUAAGAAAUGGGAUAAAGAUUGAUCGAGAAAAUUUAGUGGUUGUUGAAGAUGAAAUCCAUGAUGAUAUAACUUUAGAAGAACUUGUCGAAGAACUUCCUGAGAAUGCACCAAGAUAUAUUGUGUUAAGUUAUGAGGAUGGAAGAAAAUCAUAUCCAUUAGUAUUAAUUUAUUAUUCACCUAUAUCUACAAAUCCUGAAGCACACAUGCUGUAUACUAGUUCAAAAGUAUAUUUUCAACAAAAAGCAGAUUUAAAUAAAACAUUUGACAUUCGUGAAUUAGAAUUGCUAAAUGAUGAAUGGCUAAAGGUGGGGGAAAUUAUUACAUUAAGGAAAUACAUUCUUAACGAUAAAAGUAAAAAAAGAGCAAGGAUGAGAGCUGCAAAGAUGGAAAAUAAAAGAUUAUUCCUAUAUCUUCAUAAUAAUAAUCUGUUAUCUAUACUUAACAAGAAUAUAUUAUUCUUCUGCAAAAACAUGUUUUAA